AAUUGAGAACUCUGGGUGAAGAGAUGCCAAAGAGAGACAGCAUUCCUCCCUUUAAGGCCAUCUAAUCACAAAAUUCAGACUGAUGUCAAAGGAACCUGAUUAAUUAACCUUCAAGAUCUCAAUUCAAUGAUUAUCCAGUAUGUAAAGAAGAGUAAUUAUUAAAGUUUACCCAAAUGUUCCCAUAAUGAAGAUUCACUGUGGAUGAUACAUUAAUGCAUUAAAAGCAGAAUAUGAAAAUUCAAAGGAAAUAACUUCAAUACUAAAAUUUGGGUAUUCGCAAAGGUGUCCAUGUGGGGAAAUCUAAUGCAGGAUGUGAUAACAAAAGUGCUUCACUUAAGUUUGAAGCCUGUUUGUGCUUGAGGAAGAAAUGAGAAAUGAGUUGAAUAAAAGAACGUGUGAAAGCCAAGGACGCAGCCGCCACGCUGUAAGAAAACCAAGCCACAUGGAGGGGCCACGUGUCCUGCCAGCAUCUCUGCCAACAGCCCCAGCUAAGCUCCCUGCUGAUGGUGUCGCAGCAACAUUUGCCAUCAUGUGAAUGAGUCACCUGAACGUCCAGCCCAAUUGUACCUUCAGAGACACCAGCCUCAGCUUCCAACUGAAACCCAGGAGACAUCAAAUGAGAACCACCCAGAAAACUAUAGUGGACUUGAAAAAUAGGAACCUGAUAUGUGCCCGUUCUUCUGUGCAAAAAGAAAAAUGUUUUACCUUGCAUUUAAAGAAGACUGUUGUUACAGGCUAUUUGAUCAAACAAAUAAUAGAAGUCUGUUGAAGCUUUAUCCUGAUCUAUUCUGGAAGUAGAAGAAUACCCUGGAGAAAGGAGCAUUGUAAGCACAAAGAAUAAAACUCCUCAAUCCUGGGAGAGAGAAUUAAAGUCUAACCUUCCAAAUGGCUACUGUAAUGUGAUGCUGGGAUUGAAUUUACUUAGGACUCCAUUUCAAGGUUGACUCGAAAGUCUUGUGGAAGAUCUGGAAGAAAUAGGUAUUAAGUCAUGAUGCAGGAAUCUGCGACAGAGACAAUAAGCAACAGUUCAAUGAAUCAAAAUGGAAUGAGCACUCUAAGCAGCCAAUUAGACGCUGGCAGCAGAGAUGGAAGAUCAAGUGGUGACACCAGCUCUGAAGUAAGCACAGUGGAACUGCUACAUCUGCAACAACAGCAGGCGCUCCAAGCAGCAAGACAACUUCUCUUACAGCAGCAAACAAGUGGAUUGAAAUCUCCUAAGAGCAGUGAUAAACAGAGGCCACUGCAGGAAUUGCUUCCAGAAACAAAAUUAUGUGUCUGUGGCCACUCUUCUGGUGAUGGGCAUCCUCACAACACAUUUGCAGUGCCUGUGUCGGUGGCCAUGAUGACUCCCCAGGUGAUCACCCCGCAGCAGAUGCAGCAGAUCCUUCAGCAACAAGUCCUGUCUCCUCAGCAGCUCCAAGCCCUUCUCCAGCAGCAGCAGGCAGUUAUGCUGCAGCAGUCAAAAUGGUUUAUUCAGCAACAACUACAAGAGUUUUACAAGAAACAGCAAGAGCAGUUACAUCUUCAGCUUUUGCAGCAGCAGCAGCAGCAGCAGCAGCAACAGCAGCAGCAGCAACAGCAGCAACAGCAGCAGCAGCAGCAGCAGCCGCCGCAGCAGCAGCCGCCGCCGCCGCCGCCACAUCCCGGAAAGCAAGCAAAAGAGCAGCAGCAGCAGCAGCAGCAGUUGGCCGCCCAGCAGCUUGUCUUCCAGCAGCAGCUUCUCCAGAUGCAACAACUCCAGCAGCAGCAGCAUCUGCUCAGCCUUCAGCGUCAGGGACUCAUCUCCAUCCCCCCUGGCCAGGCGGCGCUUCCCGUCCAAUCGCUGCCUCAAGCUGGCUUAAGUCCUGCUGAGAUUCAGCAGUUAUGGAAAGAAGUGACUGGAGUUCACAGUAUGGAAGACAAUGGCAUUAAACAUGGAGGGCUAGACCUCACUACUAACAAUUCCUCCUCGACUACCUCCUCCACCACUUCCAAAGCAUCACCACCAAUAACCCAUCAUUCCAUAGUGAAUGGACAGUCUUCAGUUCUAAAUGCAAGGCGAGACAGCUCGUCACAUGAGGAGACUGGGGCCUCUCACACUCUCUAUGGCCAUGGAGUUUGCAAAUGGCCAGGCUGUGAGAGCAUUUGUGAAGAUUUUGGACAGUUUUUAAAGCACCUUAACAAUGAACAUGCAUUGGACGACAGAAGCACUGCCCAGUGUCGAGUGCAAAUGCAGGUGGUGCAACAGUUAGAAAUACAGCUUUCUAAAGAACGCGAACGUCUUCAGGCGAUGAUGACCCACUUGCACAUGCGACCCUCAGAGCCCAAACCAUCUCCCAAACCUCUAAAUCUGGUGUCUAGUGUCACCAUGUCGAAGAACAUGUUGGAGACAUCCCCACAGAGCUUACCUCAAACCCCUACCACACCAACGGCCCCAGUCACCCCGAUUACCCAGGGACCCUCAGUAAUCACCCCAGCCAGUGUGCCCAAUGUGGGAGCCAUACGAAGGCGACAUUCAGACAAAUACAACAUUCCCAUGUCAUCAGAGAUUGCCCCAAACUACGAGUUUUAUAAAAAUGCAGAUGUCAGACCUCCAUUUACUUAUGCAACUCUCAUAAGGCAGGCUAUCAUGGAGUCAUCUGACAGGCAGUUAACACUUAAUGAAAUUUACAGCUGGUUUACACGGACGUUUGCUUACUUCAGGCGGAAUGCGGCGACUUGGAAGAAUGCAGUACGUCACAAUCUUAGCCUGCACAAGUGUUUUGUUCGAGUAGAAAAUGUUAAAGGAGCAGUAUGGACUGUGGAUGAAGUAGAAUACCAGAAGCGAAGGUCACAAAAGAUAACAGGAAGCCCCACCUUAGUAAAAAAUAUACCUACCAGUUUAGGCUAUGGAGCAGCUCUUAAUGCCAGUUUGCAGGCUGCCUUGGCAGAGAGCAGUUUACCUUUGCUAAGCAACCCGGGACUGAUCAAUAACGCGUCCAGCGGUCUGCUGCAGGCCGUCCACGAAGACCUCAACGGCUCCCUGGACCACAUGGACAGCAAUGGCAACAGCAGCCCGGGCUGCUCACCGCAGCCGCACAUACAUUCGAUUCAUGUCAAGGAAGAGCCGGUGAUUGCAGAGGAUGAAGACUGCCCCAUGUCCUUAGUGACAACCGCUAAUCACAGUCCAGAACUAGAAGAUGACAGAGAGAUUGAAGAAGAGCCUUUAUCUGAAGAUCUGGAAUGAGAACUGACUUGUGAAACCUCAACGUGAAGGGACAUAUCACUGACCUUCAGAACCACUCCACGACCAUGAAUAUUUGACAAAUUUUUACUGUGACUAUUUAUUAAGCAUGGAUAAAGGAGACAGCCCUAAAGGAACUUAUUAAAGCCAGCCCUUUGGGAUUCAGUACCAACAGGCAAAUUGCUUGUUUUCUUCUUUUUCUCUUUUUUUUUUUUUAGAAAAAAAAAAAGACAAAAACUGAUUUUCUUGAAAAAAAAAAUGAACUGUCCUUUCUAUAAUGGCUUUGCCCAUUUAAAAAAUGUGGCUCUUAAGGGUUCAUGAAAUGACUGAAUAUGAGGAUACACGUCCUGUAGAAAGCAAACACGCCUCAUAUACUGCCAAAAAUAGUGUUAGUUUCAUUAAUGUGAAUUUUCCAGCAGUCAGUAGUUGUAAUGUUAGAAACAAUUGCUGGUCAAGUUCAACUUGUUGCUAUUGUUUUUAAUUUGCACAGGAGUAGUAUCAGAAAUUAGUGUCACUGCUUGUAUCUAGCUGAAUUUUAAACAACAGAACAUUAGUUUUUUAUGUUGGUGCCACCAACUGUAAAUGACAUAAGUUAGUUACUACAGAACACAGUAAUUAGACUGUUGCAACCAUCUGAAACCCUAGGCUUCCAGUCUGUGCUGUUAGUGUUAAGAUGUAAAGUGCAAUCCUAAGCUAACAUUACCUGUGCAAGCACCGUAGGAACAUUUGCAUAUCUGCAUAGAUCUUACAACUGUACUCUUUACCUCCUUGUGAUAAAGCUUUGUCUACCUGCAAACACAGUCAAAGGCUACAGCUGCAAACCAAAGCCAACUCUAACAAGGCCAGGAGCUCAAGGACAGAAGCAGCCACAUGCUUUGGUCAGCCUUCUGUAACUUCAAUUAGUACAAAGGGACCUUUUCCAUGAACUACCUGCUGUUUUCUGAUGACCUCUGGGAUCUUUUCAUUUAGCCCUAAACCAAGAAUCAAAUAUGACAAAAACCACACCCAAAAAGUCAAUUCAGUCACAGAGUAAUCUUCUGAGGCCAAAAGUCCAUCUCAGUGCAAUGAAGAUUUGCUUUCGUUAAGGACAGAGGUGAGGACAAAAUCCGCAGUGGAAGUUAAUGAUAUGCUAGAAAGCAACAAAUGUGGAUCACUGACCAAAACGAUUAUGUACUUGAUGCAAAUGCAGAUUGCAUAUUGUUAUAUAUAUAUAGUACAUUGUGUUUUUGUUUUCCCCAUCCGGUCACUUAUUUUCGGUGGUGAAUACAUGUUGUUAGAAGAUGUCUUGUAUGGUCUGAAUCUUUGUUGUGUACUAUUUUUUAUAGUCUUAAGUUAUAAUGAAAAAAACAAAAAGUAGGAACCAAACAUAAAAGGUCUAGUAAAGCCAAAAAUUAAUUUCAUAUUGAUUUUAAAGUGAUCUAGCUGAGUUUUUACACUGAAAGCAAAGAUUAUAGCAAUUGUAGUCCAUGGUAUUUAUUUUCAGUCAAACCAAAGUUACAUAUAAUUCUGCCUCUGCUUAUACGGGAUAUUAACACUAACAAUACACUCCCUUUCAAAGACUUGCGCAGGCCAAAUUGUUGGAAUGCUGGUUUUCUCGACAACUCCAAACCCCCCAAACUAUGAUACUGCGUUACGGUGUAGUGGAAAAUAGCAUAGUCGGAUGUUUGCUUAAAACCUAGAAAUUUUACGUGUUGCUUUUCAUGUGCUGUGCCAAGUCUUGAUAAUACUUUUUCCCCCAACCAAGGGACCUCAUAACCUGAUUAUGGUUAUUGCUUUACAAACAGUUUUGACAGAAGGU